UUAGGAGUUCUUUCAGAAAAAUCGUCGUCUUGCCAAGGGUAUAGUGGAAGCCCUUCAGGACACCAACUUUGACGAGGAACUGCUCUUCGACCUGAAGAAGGAAAACCAGGUUUUCCUCAACAGGACGAUGUCGCUUAUCAUCAAAUAUAUCGUUAAAAGGGAGGUAGACAACUAUAGAUCAAGACGCACGGACGCCAUCAGCCGGCGGAUUUACUCCUCACUCAUCAUGAAGCUCAUUGACAUUGCCAAGGAUCUUCCUCGCAACAUCAGCUCCUCCAGCCGCAUCGAAACAGCCCACAAAUACUACAUGAGUGUGGAGAGUCGCGACAUGCACGACCAGAUGGCUGACGUACAGGUGUUCCACGCAUGCGCGAGAUUGUACGACAUUAUGUUCACUGCCCCAAGAAUCCUAGCGCAACUUGGUCGUUUGGAUGACCUGACUCCUCGACUGCUGGUCAGAAAAUUGCACGCUUUGGAGGUCAAACCGGUGCACUUAGCGGUCGCAUUGCUUAUUCAGUAUCACCUACGCGCCACAGUGAAUUUCGCUCUCCGGACCAAUGCCAUCGAUACCCUCGCUACGAAGCCGGCCAUGGUAGGUCCCCAGGUGGUGGAGGUCCUGAAGGCACUGGCCACCCGCCUGCUGCCCGUGGCUGAGCUGCUGGAUAUCCACCUGGCUCAUUACAGCCCAGCCUUCAAGGACACCUGCCCGUCAACUUGGUUGGGGAUAGUCAAUGACAAAUCUGUGGCCUGAUCAUUU